AUGAUUAAGAAAAAAGAAAUAUUUAAAGAUGUAAAACAUGUUGUAAGAUUUGAAAGAUUUUUUUAUAGUAAUAACUAUAAAGAGAUUGAAAAUAAAUUAAAAUAUAAUAAUCACCUUUUAAGAUUAAUUAAAAAUGUAAAAAAUAUUAAUGAAAAUAAUUCAUCACUUAAAGAACACAAUGACGUUUACAAUUUGGAUGUGGCAAUAUGUUAUUUGUAUAAAAAUAUAAAUAUAACAUAUAAAAAUGAAUUAAAAAAAAAUAGAUAUAAUAAUUAUAUAAUUGAUCAUAAUAAUAAAAUAGAUUCAUAUGAUCCAUAUAUGAAAAAUGAUAAGUAUAAAGUUAUAGUCAAUAAUAUAAAUAAUAGUAAUUCAAAAAAUAAAAUGUACUUAUAUAUUAUGAAUAAUAUAAAUAUUUUUACAACUAAUCAUAUACUAUUAAUAUUAUAUAGUUUUCUUAUAUAUAAAAUAAAAUGGGAACAUAUUAAAAAAAUAAAUGAACAUGUUUUAAACAAUAUAUAUAAUUUUAAAACGUACGAAUUAAUAUUAAUACAAAUAUUUUUUACCUAUUUUGAAAUUAAAUAUAAUGAAAAAGGCAAAAGAAAUGAUGGUACAUAUAAAUUACAAGAAGGAAAUAUUAUAUCAUCAUAUGGAAUGGACAACAAAACAGAGAAUAAUAUUAUGAAUAAGAACAAUAAUAAUGUAAUAACAUAUAUGUCAAGGGAUCUUAUUAAAUAUUGCAAUAAUAUAUAUUAUAAAAGGAGAGAAAAUAUCCAAUUAAAUGAUAUACUACAUUUAUGUUGUAUAUAUUAUAAUUAUAAAGUAUAUAAUAAAGAGUUAUAUAAUUAUUUUAUUGAUUUUUUAAACACUAAAUUGUAUAUGUUAAAUAUUAAUAAAAUUAUGGAAAAUAUAAAAAAGGAUAGAAACAAAGUUAUUCAUAAUUAUAUACAUAUAUAUAACACAUCUGGGUCUAAUCAUCAUAAAAUAGAUGAUCAUUCUAAGCACCAGUUUGAUAAACUGUCUAAAAUUAUUCAAGCAUACUACUAUCUGUCAAGUAUACAAAUUAAAGGAAGACAUAAUAUAGAUUUUUAUAAAUUUUCAGAUUUUAUAAAUAAAUAUAAAGAUAUUAUUACACAUUUAAAUAUUAAUGAUGUAUUUUUAUUACUACAAUUAUCUCAAAAUAUUAAUUCUGUAAAUAUAAAAUUAUAUAUUUUAGAUAUACUAUAUAAUAAAUUAUCACAACAGUAUUUAGUUAACGAUUUCUUUUUAGAGUAUCAAAAAAGAAAGGAACAUGUAGAGGAUAAAAAUUUUAAGAAAUGUAUAAAUAUAUUUAAUUCGUUAUAUAAAUAUAUACCCAUAUAUAAUAAUAAUUGUGAUAAUAAUAAUAUAAAUGAUACAUAUGUUGAAAAUAAAGAAAAGAGUUUUAUAUCUUCAAAUGAUACUUAUAAUAUUGAUAAGAAUAUUUCUCAAAUGAUAAAUGAGAAAAAAGAAAAAAUAAUAAAAAAAAUGAACUUUUUUGAUGAUAUAAAUAAAUAUAUUGUAAUAGACAAGAUUUUUGAUAACCAAAAAUAUCUUUAUAUUCUUCUUUCAUCAUUAAACAAUAUAAAAAUUAAUAAUAGUUCUACGUUACAUUGUUUAUUCUUUUUUUUAAAUUCAUUAAGCAAAUGUAACAAUAUAGACCUUAUUUUGUCAUAUAUAAAUUUUAUAAGUAGACAUAUAAAUAAUAUAUAUAUAUUAACAUAUGUAGAAUAUAUUUAUUAUUGUAUGACCACAAAAUUUUUUAAUAAUAUUACUUCAGAAAAGAUUGAAAUAUUAAUGUUAAAUAUUUUUCAAUUUUUAAAAACAAAAAAUGGUAUGAAGAUUACACCAAAUGAAAAAGAAGAAGAAAUAAAAAAUGAUAAUACAAAUGAAUAUAUAAUAAAUGAAAAAAUAAAUGAUGAAAGUUCAAUUAUGAAAGAAGAAAAUAAUUUAUAUAUACUGAAAGAUUUUUUUUUUGAAAAAAAUGAGGAAUUUCUUUUAUUGCUAUAUUAUAAUAAUCAAGAUAUGUAUGAACAUAUACGAGAUAAUUUAUUAAAUAUAAGAAUGGACAAAAUAAAUAAUUUAAAUGAAUUUUUAUUUCAUUAUAUUUAUAAAAAUAUGAUAAAAUAUACAUUAUUAUAUUUAAAAAAUUUUGUAUUUUAUAUUAAUAAUAUAACUAUACUUGAUAAUAUACUACACACAUUUUUAAAUAUAUAUAAUUAUUAUUAUCUACAUAAUAACAAUAAUAGUAUUAUUCAUUUUGAAUUAUUAUAUAAACCAUCAAUAUUAUUUUUUCAGAAAAUUAUUCUUUUAAAUUUUUUAAGUAUAUAUAAUAAUAAACAACAUAAAUAUAAUACAUAUCAUAAUAAUCUAGUACAUAAUAUUUUAAAUAUAAUAACUCUCGAAAAUAGCAUAAAUAAUGAUAUAUUAAUCUUUAAUUAUAUGAUGAAUAUGUAUUUUAUAAAAACUUCCUUGUCUUCAGAAUCAUAUAAUGAAAAUAUUUUAGAAUAUAUAACAAAUAUCAUACAACCUUAUAUUAACGAUAAAAUUUAUUUAAAAUAUAACAAUGGAUAUAUAAUGGAUUCAAAUAUAAAAAAUAAUAUAAAUACAGAAUUAUAUAAAAAUGUCCAUAUAAAUAAUAUGAUGAUAUGUGAAAUGAUACAAAAUCAAUUUAAUACAUAUGUAAUUAAUUUAUUACUACUAAUUUAUGAUAACAAAAAUUUUAACAACAUAUUUGAAUUCAUAAGACACUACUUAUAUACCUAUGCAACUAAGCCUCAAUAA